AUGGGCAGGCCCGUCCAGUUGUCUUCGAGUGCAAAGAUAGAUCGCUGGUUCUCUCUACUGCCGACGACCGCGCCGGCGCUUUCGCGUCCGGAGAGCGGGUUCAUCUCUGGAAUGGACGAUGGUCCAGAUGCUGCAACAAUAGCUGAAGCCAGGAACCUUCUCCUUCAGCUCGGCACCAAGAAGAAGCGGCGAUUCAUGUCACUGCGGUUCACGAGAAGAAAAAUCUUAGCAAAUAAGCACACCAUGCUG